AUGCCGACAACCAAAUUCCGGGCCAGCGGCGAGGACGACAGCGGAACAAGUAGAAAGAAGGAGACUUGCACAAGUCGGGGACGACUCGUUGACCAGGGGAAGAGAGUAAGCAGAACGAAGUUCUUGUGUGUCCGAGCCCAAGAAACGGACGAACGAGGAAGUGGUGAUGUCGUGGCGGGUACGGACGCCAUGCGACGCCAUUUCUCAACGGGCAACCAAGCCAUUCAGAAGAGUGACGAACACGAGCACGCGCUCGAGUUCAUCCGACGUACGCACUGGGAGAACUCCAAGAUGAUCCUCAAGUACCGACGGCAGCCAAAUGCCUUGAUCACAGUCGCUUUGAGUAAACUGUUGUGA